GUCCCCCCUCUCCCCCCCCCCCAGUGCGCGCGCUCGAAUUCCGUUCGUGCGCGUGGUCGGUUUCCCGCCAUCAGCCACGCGGGGGGGAAAUAAAUAAAUACAUACAGUGCCGGAUAUAAAGUUAAAAAUUUAGUGACGAAAUUACGAAAGUUGGUGUAACCUUCGCGAUUUAUGCUUGGUUCGGUUUUCGACUGCGCCGACGCUCUCGGGACCCGAUUCGAGUGAUGUCGGAUUGGGAAUGCGACGAACCUGGAGGGGCAGCAGCUGCUGACAAGAAGGGCCCUCCGUAUACGUAUGUCCAUGGGCACGAGAGGUAUGUGUCAGAGUGCCCGCAUUCAAUCGACAAAAGUGACGUCGAAGAUGAUGGCGAUGAUGACGGUGGCUGCUUCAGCUUCUCCAUUGAUGUCAGCGAUGUUGGGCGGGUCAUCGGAAGAGGUGGCAGCAAAAUCCAGGAGCUGGAGAAGCUGAGCGGAGCGCGGAUUAAGCUGCUGAGAAAUGGGGAUGAGGGCACCGUGCAGCUGGUGGGCAGCGCAGGCGCGCGGCGCAUUGCCCGCAACCUGAUCCGCAAUAUCACGGGGAGUGGGGCAGAGAAGAGUCACCAAGGCAGCCAGGGGAGGUGGGGACCGGUUAGGGGGGGUAUGGAGGGCAGGGGCGACCUAGCAUUAAGUUGGGGCGGUGGGACUAGAGAUGAUGGUAGAACGGUAUCGAGUGGUGGUGCUAGGGAAGGUACUGGUGGGACUGAAGAUUGUGAUAAUAGUGGUGGUGUGAGUGGAGGUGCUUGUAGUGGUGGGUUUGGAGGUGGUAAAAAUGAGGUUGGAGGUGGCAGUGGUGGGUUUGGUGGUGGUCGUGGGUGUGGUGGUGGUGGUGGUGGUGGAGGGUUUGUUGAUAGUCAUGGUGAGUCUGGAGGAGGUGGUCGUGGUAGGUUUGGUGGUGGAGGUGGUAGCUUUGGUGGAGGUGGUGGCAUUAGUGGCCGAGGUGGUAGCUUUGGUCGAGGUGGUGGAGGUGGUAGCUUUGGUGGUGGUGGUGGAGGUGGUAGCUUUCGUGGUGGAGGUGGUAGCUUUCGUGGUGGAGGUGGUAGCUUUGGUGGUACUGGUGGUGGCGGGACGAGGUCGAGUGGUGCAGCCGCUGCCUCUGAAGACACCGAAAAUCCCCCGAGGAAGUGCAUUGACUGGACGAGCAUCAACGAACGCCAGGCCGACUUUGUGGCACUCAAGUGGAAUGACUGUCCUCCCAUCAAGAAGAAUUUCUACUUUGAGUCGCCGAGCGUGACCAGAAUGAGCCCUGAGGAGGUGGUCGAGUGGAGGAAGAGCAACAAUAACAUUUCGGUGGUGGACAUGUGCGAGGAGGGGGGUCGCAGCAUACCCAACCCUGUGCGCACGUUUGCGGACGCCUUUGAGCACUUCCCCGACAUCUUGGACAACAUCUGUCGCGCAGGAUUUACCACGCCUUCACCCAUACAGAGCCAGGCGUGGCCCGUGGUUCUGCUGGGCUGGGACCUCGUGGGCAUUGCUCAGACAGGCACAGGGAAAACACUCGCCUUCCUCUUUCCAGGGUUCAUUCACCUUACCCUGCAGCCAAUACCCCGGGAGCAGCGGGAGGGCCCGGGAAUGCUGAUCUUGACGCCGACACGCGAGCUCGCCCUGCAGAUCAAAUCGGAGUGCAGCAAAUACUCGUACCAGGGAAUUACCAGCGUGUGCAUCUACGGCGGGGGCAACCGCAGGGAGCAGAUCGACAUCGCCACCAGGGGUGUGGACAUUGUCAUCGCGACACCUGGACGGCUCAACGACCUCAUGAUGAACGGGCACAUCAGCAUGCGCGGCAUCACUUAUCUGGUGCUGGACGAAGCUGACCGCAUGCUGGAUCUGGGCUUUGAGCCGCAGAUAAUGAAAAUCCUUCUGGACGUGCGGCCAGACAGGCAAACUACCAUGACUAGCGCGACGUGGCCGCCCGGAGUGAGGCGUCUUGCGCGCUCCUACCUCAAGGACCCGGUGCUCGUCUAUGUCGGCUCCUUGAAUCUGGCGGCCGUCCAUUCGGUGCACCAGGAGGUGGUGGUCCUGAACCCCGAAGACAAACAGGACUUCCUUUUCAAAUUCUUUGCCAGCAUGCAGCCCAGUGACAAGGUCAUCGUCUUCACGGGGCGAAAGGCCAUGGCCGAUCACCUCUCCACGAAGUGUUGCCUUAUGGGCCUCGAUGUCCAGAGUCUCCAUGGCGACCGCGAGCAGUUCGACCGAGAGCAGGCGCUAAGUGAAUUCCGCAGCGGCUGCGUGCGGAUCCUUAUAGCCACGGACGUGGCCUCGCGCGGGCUGGACGUGACCGACAUCACACAUGUUUUGAACUAUGACUGUCCACGCCACAUGGAGGAGUACGUGCAUCGCAUCGGCCGCACGGGCCGUGCCGGCAAGGAGGGCAAGUCGGUGACUUUGGUGACCCGAAAUGACUGGAGGCAUGCGGCAGACCUUAUUGGCAUCAUGCAGGAGGCCGGGCAGGAUGUGCCGCAGGAGCUAGAGGAGAUGGCCGAGCGGUUUGAGCAGAACCAGCGCGAGAAGGAGCUCCGUGGCGACCGACCCAGGUUUGGUGGGCGAGGAAGAUAUGCAGACCGCGAUGCCGUCGUCGGCGUGUUCGAGGGACUCCCGUAGGGGGUGCGCGAGGGGGUCCAUUGCACCCCUGGGACCUUGGAAGCACAUCGGUAGCAUGUCUCUACUUCAGACUUCUUUCCUGGUUUCUGUCUGCAGCUGAAUUUCGUUAAUGUUACAGCUAGCCCAGCAUUCUGGCGAUAGUACUGCACUACUGUAAUCAUACGGGGGUUCCCAAUUGAAGUUGGCUGCCAGGAAUUUUGUGGGCCUUGUAAAAUCUGGAAGUCCCCUGGCAUGUUAUAGACCGGUGUGUUUUGUUGUAGGUACAUUCCCCCCUCUCCCCCUUUGAGUGUGCUGGAAGUCUUGUGAAAAUUGUUCUGGAUUGUCUCCGUUUGCAAUGGAUUUUCAAGGAUUGUGUGAAGGCUGGCGUUCUAAUUAAAGUGUUGGGAGGGAAGUUUUAUUUUCCUUUGACAUGGGAAAAAAAGGUCGGACCGGUGUGAAAUAAGUGCUGUUGCUCAUUUUUACAUCAACAUGAUCCUGAGUCCUUUUGCGGAUUUUGUUCAUGUACACGUUGGUGUUAUUUAAAUGUUUUUAUUUGUCAAAACGGCUGUGGCAACAAACACUUGUAGACCACAGCGUUUGGCCAACUUGAAACUUUCAGCGUGUAGUGAUGUAAAAUUUGAUAUGGCCAAGUGUUUUUAAAUAUUACAGCUCCUGAUGGACAUGGGCAAAGUUGUGUGCUUCAGUUUAAGUGAUUUAUAAAUUGUAAAGUGCCUAUUUUCACUGAAAUAAACAAUGUCCUUGGAUUUGUA